CGCGACGUUACUGUGACGUUUGUUUUGUUUAUUAUUAUGUCACACAUGUGAUAGUUUGAGUAAAAUUCAAUGUUUUUGUCGCUUACGCGAGAUGUCGAUGAAAAAAGAAGAUUAUGAAGAAUUUCAAAGACAAUUAGAAUUACAAAACCAACUUCCAGAAAAAGAUACAAAAGUUAAAACAAAGAAAGACGAAGAUGGGACGGAAUAUGAAUGGGACGAAGUAAAAAAAGCAUGGUUUCCCAAGUUGAGCCCGGAUUUAAUGUUGAAGUUUCAAUCGAAUUAUUCAAACGAUGAAGUUUCAAGUUCAACGUCGGUUUACGUUGAUCCACAAACUAAGAUGAAAUAUAAAUGGGACAAUACCGCCCACAAGUGGAUGCCUGAUGUAAAGUACGAAGUAUCGAAAGAUGGGAAUUAUAUUUACACCGAUCCAAGCAACGGAGAUAAAUAUGAAUGGGAUUCAAACAAACAAGUCUGGGUAAAGAAAAAAUUCAAGGAAAAUAAUCUCGAAGACGACAACAUUAUCCAACCAAGUGAAGCAACUCCAAACCUGGAGGAUGAAAGUUGGAAUUCGGAGAAGAAAUUGUGGGGGGAAGUCCCUAUUGAGAAACAGUCGAAGAAAAAAAAUCAUCAGAAAUCUGGCCAGAAGAGGGCGGCGUCGAGGCCAGAAUGGUUUUCACUGGACAAGUCCAAGAACACGAGCGUAUAUGUUGAAGGUUUGCCUAGUGACAUCACAAUGGAUGAAUUUCGUGAUUUGAUGUUGAAAUGCGGAAUCAUCGCAACAAACGUCGUCAACCAACAACCAAAGUUGAAACUUUAUACGAACGCUGGGGGGAAUAUUAAGGGAGACGGAUUGUGUUGUUAUUUGAAGCGCGAAUCUGUCGAACUUUCGUUACAACUCCUUGAUGGCAUGGAGGUCAGAGGUCAUAAGUUGAAAGUUCAAGAAGCAAAGUUCGAACUUAAAGGGGAAUACGACGCGUCUAAGAAACCCAAGAUGUUGAGUAAAAAAGAAAAAAGGAAAAUUAAAAAAGAGAAAGAAAAAUUACUUGAUUGGAAACUUGCACGAAGCGAGGAAAUUGUUUCCAAGAAAGAUCGAGUUGUUAUUCUUAAGAAAAUGUUUCAAGUUAACGAGUUUGAGGAAGACCCGGUGUUGAUCACCGAUGUUCGAGAUGAUCUUCGUGCCGAGUGCGAGAAGUUCGGGCAAGUCAAGAAAGUUAUCGUGUUCGAUCGCCACCCGGAUGGUGUUUGUUCGGUUGCGUUCAAAGAAGCUGAGAGCGCCACCAAGUGUCAGCAAGCAUUGAACGGACGAUGGUUCGCUUGCAAAGAAAUUGAGGCUUCAAUAUGGGACGGUCAUACUGAUUAUCAGAUCGAGGAGACGGAUCGUGAACGCGAAGUUCGGCUUCAAAAGUGGGAGGAAUUCCUUGAUAACGGGCCGACCGAACAAACAUCGGGGAAUAAUGACGAUGUUAGCGGGGAUACGACCGUUGCGGCGCCCGCAGAAAAACUUUAAUAAACCUGUUGUUUUUGUAUGAAAAUAAACGACAUAGUUACGUUGCAGAAACA